AUGUCGCUCUUCGGCGCUUCAGCAUCGAAACCUGUCCUAAGCUUGGGCACCAGUACUGCUGCGCCGGCUCCCCUAAACUUAGGCCAGACUACAACCGCUCAACCGCAAGCGAACACCUCCACAACAGGCGCAUCUUCUCAAGCGCAGAUAGACAUUGCUCAUCUGCGGUCCACCACAAAAUUUGACCAGCUUACACCUGACCUACAAAAAGAAAUCGAGGCGGUUGACACGCUCAUCCUCAAUCAGAUCAAACUCGCCUCCGAAGUAGCAGACCUUCUUCCGACCGUAGUCGCUGCUGGAGAAACGCUACCCAAUGGUGUGGACUUUGUAAGUCAGAAGCUGGACGAGGUGGAAGCUGGGCUAGGCAACGAUGCAGAGGCCAUUGUGGCGGCAAGGGAUGGUGGUGUGAAAAAGAAUGAGCUGGAGGCAAAAUGCGUUUUCAGGGCCAUCGAUCGGUUGAAAAUGCCCAGGCAAUACCAACAGGUUGCUCAUGCGCAGACUGAAAACUUGAACGGUAGCGGUAUCUACGGUGGCACAGGUCUAAGCGGAUGGUGGAAUAAUCCUCAGACGUUGAGGGGGAGCGUCCGGGCUGGCCAUGCUCAAGGAGAUAAAAUUCAACUCCCGGGCGAGGAGGCAGAAGAAAUACAGGGCCCGAAGAGCUUGAUUGAAUUGUUCAAUACGAGGACCGAGGAGAUGCAGGACAUGAUCCAAGGCAAUCGACAACUUCUGAGCGACAUUGAGGAUUUUGUCCAAGGCUUGGAAGGGAAAGUCACUGGGAAGGAGAGAGAGUUGAGUGAUCGAGUCACCUACGGCGAUCGAAAUGGCGGGGCCAUCAGCGAAAAAGAGCAUCAGAUGCAAUUGCUGCGCUAUGUAUUCGGAGAAGUGCAGAGGAGUCUUUACGAUGUGGCUGAUAAGGUUGGAGCUGCGAGGGACGAAGUUGCACAGUUGACAAUUGGGAAAUGA